UGCUCUUUUUAUUUUUGCUCAGCCUUGCGUUGCACUUAGUUCUUGUUGAUGAACUAAGCACUCUCAACUCAAGCACAAACUAAUCUCAGUUCAGAAACUUAUAUCUGGCUUGAUGAUGAAGCUAUCGAGCAAGCAUUUGAAACCGUCCCGCUCCCUUUUCCUUGUUUUCCUUGCCGUUAUUCUCCUUACUUUCUUUAACCUGCAAGGUCCUAACUUGCUUGGUUCAGCAACCCUUGUGGUUACUGGCAAUGAGACAGAUCAACGAGCUUUACUCGAGUUCAAGCGAAAGAUAAUUGAAGAUAAUUUCGGAUUUAUGCACUCCUGGAACAAUACUGUCCACUUCUGCCAGUGGUAUGGUGUUAAAUGCAGUCGCAGACAUGAGAGAGUCACCAUGUUAGACUUGGGAUCCCUAAAGCUCGUGGGGUCUAUAUCACCAUCUAUUGGAAAUUUGAGCUUUCUUAGGGUGUUAAACCUUCGAAACAACAGUUUCAAUCAAGCAAUCCCUCAAGAAAUUGGCCGUUUGCGAAGAUUGCGAGAACUAAUGCUGCAAAACAACCACCUAAGAGGUGCAAUUCCUUCCAAUUUGUCCAGUUGUACUCGACUUGCAGCAAUUAAUUUUUCAAGCAACUUGCUAACUGGAGAAAUACCAGGUGCGCUUGGUCUCUUGUCAAACCUAAUACGAUUUAGUCUUGGGGAAAAUGAUUUAAGAGGGGGUAUCCCGCCUUCCUUGGGUAAUUUAUCCUCUCUGCAGUAUAUUUAUCUACAUAGCAAUAGAUUGAGUGGAGUUAUGCCUGAAGCUCUUGGCAGAUUGAAAAAUCUUGUAGCUUUGGCUGUGAGAGAAAAUGAAAUUUCUGGUGUCAUCCCUGCUUCAAUUUUCAAUCUCUCCAAUAUUAAACGCCUUUACAUAGCCACAAACCAAAUACAAGGUCGUCUUCCGCCGGACCUAGGAAUCACUAUGCCGCAGAUUGAAAUCCUUGCGGUCGAGGAUAAUCAAUUCAUUGGAUCAUUCCCCGAUUCAAUAUCCUAUGCCUCAAAUCUUGUACACCUUACUGCUGGGGAAAACAAACUUAGUGGACCCUUGCCUUCAUUCGAAAAGUUGGAUAAACUAUCACGAUUUAUAAUCAUGGGCAACCUUCUUGGAAGUAUGACAGCAACUGACCUGAACUUUCUCUGCACUUUAAACAAUGCUUCCAGACUAGAGCUCCUAGAGAUAGGCGAAAACAACUUUGGAGGGGAAUUACCGGAUUGCAUGGGCAAUCUAUCCAGGAAUCUCAAAUUUUUAAAUAUCCAACGCUGUAGAAUAUGGGGAAGAAUUCCAUCCGGAAUUGCAAAUCUCAUCAACUUGGAGGUACUAGCGGCAUCAUACAAUCAAUUAUCAGGUUCUAUUCCCCUUGGCAUUGGAAGGCUUCAAAAGCUAAGUAUCUUUUUUGCAGCUGGCAAUUAUCUCUCAGGGGCCAUUCCCCCCAUUUUUGGAAAUUUGACAAUGUUAACCAAAUUGGGUUUAAGUGAUAACAAUCUUCAGGGCAACAUUCCUUCAAGUAUAGGCAAGUGUGAGAUUUUGGUUGGAUUGUCUCUUGCUAAAAACAAUCUAAGUGGUUCUAUACCCCCUGAAGUAAUUGGGCUCUCAUCCUUGUCCAUCGUCCUAAACUUAUCUUCAAACUCUUUAACUGGUGUGCUUCCCGUCGACGUAGAAAAUAUGAAAAACCUAGGUGAAUUAUCUGUGUCUCAAAACAGAUUAUCAGGUGUGCUUCCAGAUAAUCUUGGUAGCUGUGUAAGACUGGAGAGACUGCUCUUGGAUGGCAAUUUGUUUGAAGGCCCCAUUCCUUCAUCUUUGAGUUCAUUGAGAGGUCUUGAAGCAUUAGAUAUAUCUGACAAUAAUCUUUCGGGUGAGAUUCCAAAAUUUCUGGUGAGCUUGGAGUCAUUACAGUAUUUAAAUCUUUCUUUUAAUGAUUUCGAGGGUAUGGUACCAAUUGAAGGUGUUUUUAAAAAUGCCAGUGCUACAUUCGUUGAGGGAAACAAUAAGCUUUGUGGAGGCACUCUUGAGUUACACUUGCCCAGUUGUAACUUGAAAACAUCCAACAGAAGAUGGAACAAUUCUCUUAAAUUAAACAUUGUGGUUGUUUUUGCAGUUUUAGGAGUGAUUUUGGUAUCCACAUUUCUCCUCAUUUUGUGGUUUAGACCGAAAAAGGAGAAGUCCACGGCAACAACGUUUGCAGAAAACUCACUUUUAAACUUAUCAUACCAAAGCCUCCUAAAGGCUACUGAAGGAUUCUCCUCAAUGAAUUUGGUUGGUUCAGGUAGUUUUGGUUCCGUAUACAAAGGAAUUCUUGAAGACAGUGGAGUAGUUGUUGCCGUUAAGGUGCUUAACCUUAUAUGUCGUGGAGCUUCAAGAAGUUUUAUGGCUGAAUGUGAGGUAUUGAAAAACAUCAGACAUCGGAAUCUUGUCAAGGUCUUAACAGCAGUUUCAGGUAUCGAUUAUCAAGGGAAUGAUUUUAAAGCGUUGAUUUAUGAGUUCAUGCAAAAUGGGAGCUUGGAGGAUUGGUUGCAUCCAUCUGUUGGGAUGAAUGAGUCAAAUGAGGUAGCAAGAAACUUAAAUCUUCUUCAGAGAUUGAAUGUGGCAAUUGAUGUUGGUUGUGCCUUGGAGUAUCUUCAUCAUUAUUGUGAAACACCAAUUGUUCACUGUGACCUCAAACCAAGCAAUAUUCUCCUUGAUGAUGAAAUGGUUAGCCAUGUGGGUGACUUUGGGCUAGCAAAAUUCAUUAUAUCAGACAUGCAAAAUAACACUUCAAGCUUGUCAAGCUCCCUUGGGUUAAGAGGAACAUUUGGUUACGCACCACCAGAAUAUGGCUUGGGAAGUGUUGUGACAAGUUAUGGUGAUGUGUACAGUUAUGGCAUUCUUUUGCUGGAGAUGUUCACUGGGAAGAAGCCCACUGAUGAAAUGUUUAAAGAGAACUUGAAUCUUCAUAACUUUGUUAGAACAGCUUUACCAGAUCAAGUGGCUGAGAUUACAGAUCCCAUUCUUCUUCAAGAAAGUUUUCGUGGAGAAAGAAUGACUAGCAAUACUCGCAACCAGAGCAAUCAAAGAGAUAAUAGACUUCUCCAGUGCUUAAAUUCAAUACUUGAAAUCGGAGUUGCUUGUUCUAUUGAUUUGCCUACUGAACGAAAGGAUAUGACACAUGUUGUUGCAGAACUUUGUUCUAUAAGAGACAAGCUACUCCCAACUCGAUCAUUAAGAUCAACAGCUGCAGGUACUAGGUGAUACUACAUAUAUUGGCUUGUGAUGUUGCUGCACUUUUGAUUGGUAUUGCAUUUACAAGAAAGCUCCCAGGUGCAUUAUGUCUUCUAAACGGGAAAAAAGAAAACAUUGUUAUUACCUCACCAUAAGAUUUAACCAUUCCCUUCCUUUGUUUUCUGAAAGAUCAACUAUGGAAGAAUGUAUGUGUCUACCAAUUCAUGAAUAAAAUUUCAAUUUUAAGGUUUUAAUGUUUCAUAAAUGGAAUACUUAUUCAUGUGAUUAAGGAUGAGGUUA